AUGUGGUUUACCUUUAGCACAGCCAUCAUACUAGCAUCUUCAGUGCUUGGACUCGGAGAGCCUCCUUAUUUUGCAGAUUUGACAUGGGAACCCCCAAGAACCUUGUCGAAUUUGCCAAAUCUAACGGUGAAGGCUAAAACCGGGACUUUCAUUGGUAUUUUCAACGACACGUAUCCUAAUGUGCGUCAAUUCUUGCGGGUUCCAUUUGCGCAGCCACCCGUGGGCGAUCUACGUUGGCUUCCGCCCCAGAAGCUUCCCCCUUCGGACAAAAAAUACGAUGCAACCACGUAUGGUCCUGCAUGCCCCCAGUACGUCGAAUCUGUAGACUCGUUCUGGAAAACCUACGAGCCUGAAAGUUUCGUUAUCAGUCCUGGAGAGAACCUUACCCAAGGCUCAGUUGCCUGGUCGUCUGCUGAAGACUGCCUGUCCAUAGCAAUAUGGACUCCCUCCUACGCUAACAAUACAUCUAAACUCCCAGUUGCAUUAUUUGCCACUGGAGGCGCCGGGGUCGAAGGAGGUAUCAAUAUUCCCGCCCACCUGCCAUCCCAAUGGGUGUCCCGCUCCCAGGAGCAUAUCGCGAUUGCUUUGAACUACAGGGUGAAUAUAUUUGGAAAUCCAAAGUCCAGGGCUCUGAACGAGACAUCCCUCAGUUUGCUGGAUGUGAGAGCGGCGGUUGAGUGGGUAUAUGAAAAUAUCGAAGCUUUUGGAGGAGAUCCCAAAAACAUCAUGGCAAGUUCACUUUGGGGCCAGUCACAAGGAGGGGCUUUGGCACACAUGUACACUCUUGCAUUCCCAGAAAACCCCCUCGUUGCUCGGUACGGUAUCAUCUCCGAACAGCCUUCUGUCAAGAUCGACCUCUCUACAGCAAAUGAUGUUUACCUCGAUUUCGACAUUGUCGCCAAGGGCCUUGGGUGCAAUUACGGGGACGAUGCCGGGGCGGAACUCAACUGCAUGCGUAUGUUAUCUUGGGUACAGAUUGAAGAGUAUAUAAAUCGUUACACCGGCAACCGACGGAUCUCUUUUAUGGACUACAUACCCGAUGAGCGAUAUAUCUUUUCCAACGAAACACAGCGCUAUGUAGAAGGUAAGGUAGCUAAGGGCCCAGCCAUCCGCUCCUUUGCGGCACGGGAAAUAGCAGUAGACAACAACAUUACAUCAUCGCAAGUGGACGCACAGAAGUGGGUUUGUAGUGCACUCUCAGAUACGGUAUUGCGUUAUACGCAUGGUUUGGAUACAUAUCGUUAUUUCUGGGCUGGCAACUUCUCGAAUAUUAGCCCAGUGUCUUGGCUAGGAGCUUUCCACUUCUCCGACCUGUACAUGAUAUUUGGGACGUACGUCAAGAAUGCCGGUGAGAUAUCUCAGCUUGAGAUCAGCACUUCUCGUGCCAUGCAGGACUUUAUGCUGGCUUUCCUCAAAGACCCAAAUUCUCUCCCAGAGACUGUCGGUUGGCCUUUAUUCAACCCCAAUUCACCGAAUGGAGGGUCUAUCAUUGAGUUUGGCAAAGAUUUGCCGGCGAUAAAUAUCACCGGGCAUUAUCUAGACGGAGGCUGUUAUAACUCGUCCAUUCCAUUUCGAGUGAAUGGUUAA